AUGAAGAUCAUCUCCUCUUCCGUGAUUCUUUCGCUCCUGGUGAGCAUGACCUUGCUCCAGUCGACUCUUGCGGCCCCCAUUGAUCAUCCCACUGCUUCUGCAGUUGGAGGACGGGUCGUGCCUACUCCUGCUCAGGUUGCUCCUCAUUCAAACAAGCCCGAACAACAUGGAAACCCCCAUGGUCACCACGGCAAGGCUCAGCCGACGUCCCACCAUGUCAAGCCGGCCCAUGGCAAGUCCACUCAUGACAAGCCCCACCCCAGCGAGCCUCAGCAGGAAGCCCACAUCAAGCGCGAUUUGGAGGAGCGUGCUGACCCUGUCGAUGGCAAGCGCGAGCCAAUCAAGCCUGCCAAACCCAUCCAAGGCAAGCCUGAGCCUGUCAAGCCUGAGUCUGUCAAGCCCACUCAUGGCAAGCCCCACCACGGCAAGCCUCAGCCGACUCCCCACUCUAAUAAGCCUCAGCAGGAGGCCCAUAUUAAGCGCGAUUUGGAGGAGCGUGCUGAUCCCGUCGAUGGCAAGCGCGAACCUGUUGAGCCUGUUGAACCCAAGCCUGUUCAGCCUGUCAAGCCGAUUCAUGGCAAGCCCGCCCAUGGCAAGCCCACCCAUGGCAAGCCCAAGCCUACCGAGCCUUCCGAUCCGGCCCAUGGCAAGCCUCACCACGCCAAGCCUCAGCCGGCUCCCCGCUCCGACGAGCCUCCUACUGAGGCUCACAUCAAGCGCGAUUUGGAGGAGCGUGCUGAUCCUGCCGAUGGCAAGCGCGAGCCAGUCAAGCCUGCUAACCCCAUCCAAGGCAAGCCUGAGCCUGUCAAGCCCACCCACGGCAAGCUUGAGCCAAGACACCCUGUCAAGCCUGUCCAGCCUGUCAAGCCUGCCCAUGGCAAGCCUCACUCGAAGCCCCAUCCUAAGCGCACUUUGAAGCAGCGUGUUAGAGUCGUCCCUGGCAAGGCUCGCCCCAAACCUGUUCACCCCAAGCCUGUUCACACUAAGCCUGUUCACACUAAGCCUUUCCACCCCAAGCCUACUCACACCACCGAGCCUGUCCACGCCCAGCCUACUCAACUCUGA